ACUGAAGUUGCUGCUGAUGCUCCUCUCUCUCUCUCUCUCUCUCUGAAUGAAGAUUGAGCUUCACCCCAGGCUGCAACUUCCUUCCUCUCUCCAACAUCUACUAUCUGAAGACAAAAGUUUCAAAGUCAACAGAUAAAGGGCUUAUGCCCAAAAUGUUGAUUCUUCUGCUUCUCUGAUGCUGCUUGCCUUGCUGCGCUUUUCCAGCGACGCAUUUUUUGAUUCUGACUCUCCAGCGUCUCCAGUCCUCACUUUCACAUCAAUGUCUGACAGUCACUCAGUCCAUCAGGACCGCAACAAUUUUCAACUGAUUCUGUGAGAAGGAGCAACGCGUUCUCUUUGGUUCCUGUUUGAGUACGGGGGGACUGGUUGAAAGACUCUACUGUUGCAGCGCAGUGUGUGUGGAGCCUGAAACAACUCUACUGCGUGGAAAGAGGAAUUCACUGCGGGGUUGUACACACGUGUGUGUGUGUGUGUGUGUGUGUGUGUGUGUGCGUGUGCGCGCGCGCACGCAGCUGAAGCUUCAGCCAUGGAGAAACCUGAGGAAACACGCCCCGUUGAGAAACCAUGGAAGUGUGGCGACUGCGGGAAGGGCUUCCGUGUCCCACCUGUCCUAGCGGCUCAUCAGUGCAAUCACACUGGGGAGAGGCCAUUCUCCUGCCCCGAGCAGGCGAAGGGCUUUACUUGCUCCUGUGUCCUGCUGGCCCACCAGCAUAUACAGACUGGUGAGAGGACAUUUUACUGCUCCAUGUGCGGGAAAGGGCUCACUUGGGUGGACAACUUCCAGACCCACCAGCGAUUCCACGCAGGGGAGAGGCUCUUCAGUUGCCAUGAGUGUGGGAAAGCCUUCAGCAAUUCCUCCGACCUGCUGAAGCACCGGCGAGUCCACACGGGGGAGAGGCCAUUCAGCUGCCCCGAAUGCGGGAAGGCCUUCAGCGACUCCUCCAACCUGCUGAGGCACCGGCGGGUCCACACGGGGGAGAGGCCCUUCAGCUGCCCAGAGUGUGGGAAGGCCUUCAGCAAUUCCUCCAACCUGCUGGCCCAUCAGCAGGUCCACACAGGGGAGAGGCCCUUCAGCUGCCCAGAGUGCAGGAAGGCCUUCAGCAAUUCCUCCGACCUGCUGAGACAUCGGCGAAUCCACACGGGGGAGAGGCCUUUCGCCUGCCCAGAGUGUGGUAAGGCCUUCAGCAAUUCCUCUGACCUGUUAUCCCACCGGCGGGUCCAUACCAGAGAAAGGCCAUUCAGCUGCCCCGAGUGCGGGAAGGGGUUCACCCGCUCCUCCAAACUGCUGGCCCACCAAUGGGUCCACACCGGGGAGAGGCCGUUUGCCUGCCCCGACUGCGGGCGGAGGUUCACAUUGUCCUGCAACUUGCGGAGGCACCAGCAGGGGCACAAGUGCAUCCAACAAUCAGAUUCCACCAGUGAUGCUGCAGUGGGUCACCCCCAAAGCUGAACCUCCUGCCUAUUCUGACAGUGGGUGCAGUGGGCUUUUGUUGUUUUGUGCUGGACUCACCCUCUUUUCCCCCCCCCCUCCCCCCAACACCACCUCCCAAGCCCACCUAUGUGGCUCAGGGGUGGCAUGGUGACUCAGUGGUUAGUACCACUACCUCAUGAUGUUGACCUGGGUUCAAUUCCAUCCUCAGGGUGACAGUCUGUGUGUAGCUUUCACAAUGCCCCCCACAUCUGUAGGGGUUACCUCUGAGUGCUCUGGUUUCCUUCCCCUGGUCUAAAGGUGUGCAGGUUCGGAUGGAUUGGCCCAUCUAAAUUGUCCCAUCGUGUUCAGAGAUGUGUAGGUGUAGUGCAUUAGUUGGGGUAAAUGUAGAGGAAUAGGGAUAGGGGAAUGGGUCUGGCUGGGUUACUCUGCAGAGGGCCAGUGUGGACUUGUUGGGCCAAAGGACCUGUUUCCAUAAUGUAGGGAAUCUAAUCUUCAAAAAAAUUCCUCCAAGCGAUACUGUUGAAAUAUGCCGAGUUGGACAAAGUAUCCCAUCAAGUUUGAGACAAACCCAGAGUUGAAGAAGUCGGAAGUCACACAACACCAUGUUACAGUGCGAAAGGUUUAUUUGAAAUCACAAGCUUUAGGAGCAUUGCUCUUUCAUGAGUGCUGCUCCUUCAUCAGGUGCCAUGUGACUUCUGACCUUGUCCAUCCCAAUUCAACACCAGCACCUCUGCAUCAGAGUUGACGAAUGAGAUUGGAUUUUAUUCGUCCUGAUUUAGUGAGAUGUUCAUUUGGAAACUCAAAACUGUCGGACCUACAAAGAAACGCGAAUCAUAGAGUCCUACAGCAGGAGACAGGCCCUUCUGCCCAAAAUGGUCCAUGCUGACCAAACUGUCCAUCAACACUAAGCCCAUUUCCCUGCACUUGGCCCAUUUCCUUUCAUACCUUUCCUAUCCACGUAUUUGUCCAAAUGCCUUUUAAAUGUUGUUAAUGUACCCACCUCAACCACUUCUGCUGGCAUCUCAUUCCAUAUGUGUACCACCGUCUGUGUAAAAACAAAAGUUGCCCCUCACAUUCCCUGUUAUUCUUUUUCCUCUAACCUUAAACUGAUGCCCUCUAGCCCUCACUUCCCCAACCCGGGGUAAAAGUGAGUGCAUUCACCCACUCCAUGCGUCUCACGAUCUCUUCACUUCUCUAAGGGCCUCUCUCAGUCUCUAAUGCUCUAAAUAAAAAUAUCUUAGCUUGUCUAACCUCUCCCUUUUACACAGACCCUUAAGUCCUGGCAACAUCCUUGUAUAUGUCUUCAGCACUCUUCCAAGUUUAAUAACAUAUUUGUUAUAGACACUGCCCUGUCUACCUAUUUUGUUGGAAAUAUAGGACCUAAUCCAAACUGGAUAAUCUGGCUGAUGGGACACAAAACCACUUCCUUUCUUGAGAGACAGUCUCCGGGAGAGAACUGGCUGGCUGACUGAGUCCACACAUUUGCCUAAGGUGGUGCUCGAAACCUUUAUCAUCUUUGGGAUGGAUCCCCGUUCAUUCAGUGCUUUGGAGUCAUGCAGCCUGGAACAGAUCCUUCAAACCAGCCAGCCAUGAUCCCCAACUAAACCCGUGCCACCUAUCUGCUCCUGGCCUGUUAACAGUUUGUUAAUAGUUUUGUUCAUUUGUUCACCACGAGAGUUGGAUAAAUAAAUUGCUGAUUGUUGAGUUUAAAGUGUUGGGGAUUUACUCUUAUCACUAGAGCAGGUUACACCACUUUUCAUGCUAAUUGUACAGAUUAUUGGGUGACACGCUCCUCUGGGUGUUUCUGUUUGAGAAAGGUGGUGCUGUCAGCCUUCGCUUUAUAAGUGUAUUGACGUGAUGUACUGCUGAACGCAAUGGAGUCAACAUGAAUCCCAGCCUCUCACUGUGGUUGUGGGUGAAUCGCCUUAAUUUGGCUCUUAACUCAGAAACUGCACACAAUAAACUGCUGAAACAAUCAUUUACACUUUAUUGUAUGUAGCAA